AUGGUGCGCCAAACACAAGCUCGUUCCACAAGGAGCCGGGCGACACCCGCCGGUCAACUUAAACGCCAGAGACAGACAGAUGAUCAAGCUCCAGAUGUCUAUCAAGAACUAUUAGAGGAGGCUGAAGCCAGAGAUCCCGAGCAUUUUGCCUCAGACAGACCAAUCAAAAGGCGCAAGGCCGGGGAUAUGAAAGCUAUCCCUGUGGGAUUAGGUGUCUUGGAACAAACACAUCGGGGCGCAGAAGCAAACAAGCCUAGCACACAACCAGUGCAAACUGUUUACGAUUCAUCGACAUCAGAAGAAUCAGACGUUGAUUGGGAAGAUGUUGAAUUACAGCAACCACCCCAGUCUUUGUUGAAUAGACAUCUCGCGUCUCAAGGUGACGAUGAGGUGCUCCAGAUCACACUAGAGCAAGAACCCGAAAAGCACAAAAAAGCAGUCCAAAGAAGGAAGCCCUUAAAUGGAGCCGAGAGGAAAGCCAGAUUGGAUGUGCACAAAUGUCACAUUCUAUGCCUUCUUGGCCACGUUCAGUUGCGCAACAUGUGGUGCAAUGACGAGGAAUUACAGGAGUUCUUAAAGAAGACACUGCCUAGAAAAGUAAUCGCUCUUCUCCAUCCAGAUGAGGGUAAACCACAUUAUAGCAGAUCCACCACGUUUAUGGAUGGUCUCAACCAGGCUGGAGAUGCCUUCACACGCAGAUUUCGGGUUACCAAACCAGGAAUGAAACGGGCUCAUUGGGCGGAAGAUGAAUCGCAACUGAAGCAGAAAAUGGAGUCCAUCAUGUCGAAUGCUGAAGUCUUUUUAUCCAAAGGGGAUUUUCGAACCCAAGCGAAGACAAUGGAAGGAUCCCGGGACUUUGGAGCCCAGCUAUUCUGUGCCCUAUUGCGGUCUGUAGCCGUAGAGGCGAGACUUGUAUGCUCAUUGCAACCGUUGCCAUUUUCUGGCACUGUGAAAGACAUGACGCCAUCUAAACCGAAGCAUCAAUAUAUCGUGAUAUCUUCAGACGAUCCUGGAUCCUCAACAGAUGAACGCAGCAAGAGCGAAAAGUCACCUGCAGCUUUAAGGCCUCGACGGAUUGGGCAACCCAAAUUCACUCCCUCGCGUCCUCAGCCAAAAUUCCAUUCAGGUCUGAUUCCGACAUCACGAGACUCGUCAUUUCCGGUAGUUUGGGUGGAAGCUUUCAACCAAGCUGCACAGAAAUGGGUUCCAAUUGACCCCGUCGUAACAAAAUCCCUUGCUAAACCUUCGAAAUUUGAACCGCCCGCGAGCGAUUCGUUAAAUUUGAUGAAUUAUGUGGUUGCUUUCGAGGAUGACGCCUCCGCGAGAGACGUCACUCGUCGUUAUGUAAAAGCAUUUAAUGCAAAGACUCGGAAACUCCGCGUGGAAGUCACACGGAAUGGCGAGGAGUGGUGGGAAAAGGCGCUAAAGGCCUAUGAAAAACCCUUCUUCGAGGAUCGGGAUGAGACAGAAAUUAGUGAGCUGACAUCCAAAUCAGCAGCUGAGCCCAUGCCACGCAAUAUACAGGACUUCAAGGACCAUCCUGUCUAUGCGAUUGAGCGACACGUUCAUCGCAAUGAAGUGAUUCAUCCCAAACGAAUCAUUGGGCACGUGGGCUUGGGGAAAAGCACAACACGGAGUGAGAUAUCAGAACCCGUUUAUCGUCGAUCUGACGUGCAUAUCGUGCGAAGCUCCGAUAAAUGGUACCGCCUUGGGCGGGAUGUCAGAGUUGGCGAGCAGCCUCUCAAGCGUGUUGCUGCAAGUCGAAACAAGGGUGGAGGCUUCAGUGAUGAUGAAGAGGUAGACGAGCCUCAAGAGACUACACUAUACGCCGAGUUCCAGACAGACAUCUACGUCCCACCACCGGUGGUUGAGGGAAGAAUUCCGAAGAACACAUAUGGAAACCUCGACGUCUAUGUACCCAGUAUGGUUCCGUCUGGUGGAGUUCACAUCAAGCGGGCGGAGGCCGUUCGAGCUGCUCGAAUCCUUGGGAUUGACUAUGCCGACGCAGUUACUGGAUUUGAUUUCAGAGGCCGCCGUGGUACGGCUGUACUCGGGGGAAUUGUUAUUGCCGUUGAGUACCAGGAGGCACUUGAGGAAGUUUUGCGGGGUCUUGAAGAUGAGAAGCGACAUGCUGCACUGGAGGCAAGAACUGCGGAGGCUCUGCGGGUCUGGCGGCUCUUUUUGAUGAAGCUUAGGAUCGCAGAAAGAGUCAGGGAGUAUGCUAGCGAUGAUGAAGAACAACAGCCCGAAGAUAUCGAAGACGAAGUGGAUGCUGAAGAUGCGGGUGGUGGUUUCUUUCCUGAACCAGACCAACCAGCCAAUAGUCCGCCACUGGAUGUUCCGGGAAAGGGCAAAAUGACACAUGAUCACCAUUUACCCGAAGACAGAGAAAUGGAAUCGCCACUAGAAGAGGAGGAUUAUACUCUCGGAGGGGGAUUUCUUCCCGAUGAUCAUGAUCCAGCUCCGGACCCGGUGGAACCUCCAAAGCCUGCGCGUUUGGCCACAAACCCGACAUCGAUUCCUGAGAGUAUUGCUAGGAACAGAGCAUUGAAAACGCCUCGCUAUUCAUUGAUGGUUGUCCCAAACCACAGCUCAACCCCGACAUCCGUACCUCAAGCCCUCGCAGGAUCAUCUGAUGAAGUUCCUAUCUCAGUAGGUUCAUCCACAAACGGUGGCUCCAAAUCUGCAAGUGUGGUCACUAUCUCCCGCCCACUGUCACCAGUGCCAAAUUAUGAUUCUGACAGCGAGAUCGAGAAGGGAUCUUUGCUUUCUGAGGACCCUGAAGAUGAGGAUGCAAUUCCUGAAUGGCUGAUGUCUGAUGAAGGCUAG